AUGGCCUACAAAGUAGAUACUGGAGCACAAGCUAAUUUGAUGCCUGAGAGCAAGUAUCACCAACUGAAGAACAAAUCAGAACUUCUGAAUCGCUCAGUCAAACUAAAGACAUAUAAUGGGGAGGUUAUCCCAGUGCUUGGCAAGUGCAGUGUGUUUCUGGAAUAUGGAAAUCAAACACAUAAAAUGAAUAUUCUGGUAAUUCCAGGAAACAAACCAGCUUUACUGGGUCUUCAAGUGUGUGCAACUUUAGGCCUGAUUCAAAAGGCCAUAACG